AUGGAGAAGAAGGAUGAAGGAGAAAGCAAGGAAACCCGAUAUCGCGGCGUCCGGCGGCGUCCGUGGGGGAAAUUUGCGGCCGAAAUCCGCGAUUCGUCUCGCCAGGGCGCUCGAGUCUGGCUCGGAACGUUCAAUACCGCGGAAGAAGCUGCUCGUGCUUACGACCGAGCCGCGUAUUCCAUGCGCGGCGAGUUUGCCGUUCUGAACUUUCCUGAUGAACUGCAUUUGUAUGCGAACGACGCCUCCGGGUCUUCGUCGGAGACGAAGAAGGAGGUGAUCGAGUUCGAGUGUUUAGAUGAUAAGGUUUUGGAGGACAUGCUUGAUUCAGGGGAGGAGGAUAAAGAGUAA